CUGGCAGCUGGUAGUUCAGAUGUUGCGCACAUUGCUGUCACACUAGCAGAGGUGGUUCAGGGAGUCAUUACUCUCACCAUGAGCAUAGAGGAAGCCACAGAGAGCAUAGCUCUAGUUGUUGCCAGUAUAGCAACUGUUCUCAUCAACCUUGCUAAUGGAGAUCUGGAUGGAGGUAUGGUUAUUGGC